AAUCCUGCCGGUGGUAACCACGAACUCUCCGGGUGACGUCACGAAGCUCCGCCCACAUGCGCAAUAUCCUAUCUUCAGUGUUAUGCGUUUCGUGUCACGCACAGACUACUAAAGAAUAUUCUUUAGUAGUCUCAUAGUCUGUGGUGUCACGUUUCCCAAGGCAAGUCGGAAGCCGCACAGUGUAUAUGUAUAUGUUUUGUGGUGGCCGCCUGGUGACCGCACAUCUCUAACCUCUCUAGUAGUCAGAAUUUUUAGGUUAUCUGAACUGUUUCAUCAAUUUUCAAAUUCGAAUUUACUCUAAAAAUUACUUUUUUACAGUAAUUUAUAAUGAAUAACCCUCUGCAGACUGUUGCCAGGAAGCUUCUCCAAACAGUCCAAACUCACUUCAGAAAACAUUGUGAUCAGAAACGAUUAGCAAGUACUUUCAGAGCUGCAGUUAUAAAAGAAAUAGGAAAGCCCCUUGCGAUAGAGGAGCGUCAAGUCGUAAAACUGAAGUCAAACCAAGUUAGAGUUCGAGUGGUGUAUUGUAGUGUUAACAAGGUAGAUGUAGUAAAAUUUAAGCAUGGUGGAGGAGACUUGCCAUUUGUACCAGGCUACGAGCUUUCAGGCGAAGUCAUUGAAAAAGGUCCAGACAUUCCCAAUGAACAGGUCAUACUAGGAGAUAGAGUUGCGUGUCUCAGCUUAGAACAUUUUGGAGGCCUUGCAGAACAGUGUGUGGUAGAUGCAGAUGAUGUAUGGCGAAUACCAAGUGAGCUAGAGAGAAAAGAUGCAGCUGUUAUUGCAUAUGGCCACUCAACAGCUGUGUAUGCUUUUUCUAAUUUAGCAACGCCAAAGGAGAAAGAAAGGGUUCUUAUAUCUGCUGGACCAGCUGGUCUGGGCUUAGCUGCAGUUGAUGUAGCUGCUAAUGUGUAUAAAGCACAGGUGAUAGGUCUAGUGGACACAGAGGAAAGGGGUGAAUUGGUGAGAGAACGUGGAGCAUUUGAAACACUACAUUUUAGUGGAAAACUCUCAAAUCAAUUAAUGAAAAUGACUGAUAAUAAAGGUGCUAAUAUUGUAUAUGAUGCUGCCGGUGAGGAGAUGAUGGACACCAUAGGCAGUUGUGUCUCUUUUGGAGGAAAAGUGAUGUAUGCAGCACCAUAUUUUUACAAAACAAUUCCUGGACCCAAACCACAUUCUUUCGUCACCAUAGUGAGUUUGAAAGAGUUGAGAAAACAAAAUAGACAUCUUUACAAAACAAUGGUAGGAGACACAUUGGAAUUAGCUAGUGAAGGAGUGAUCAGUGCACAUGUAAGUCAGAGCUAUGAGCUGUCGAAAAUCAAUGAUGCGAUACGAUUUAUUGAGGAUAAGAAGUGUACUGGAAAGGUUCUCAUACAUAUAGGCGAGUAAAACAAGAUAUUAUCUUGCACCAUAAAUGCUGAAAGGUCUGCCAUAAUUACUUGUGUCCAAAUAAUUCAUGUAGGAUGCUAUUGUAAUGUCAAGCUGCAUUAUGGCUUAACUCCACGUGUCCAACUCUUAUGGAGACUGUCCCAGAGCAGAAGACUAACAAUAAAAAACGGAUUGUAUGCAGCCUAUACAAGAAAAAAUGAGAAAAGUACGACGAUAAAUCUAAAGCCAUCAAUGUGUUUAUACAGCUAUGGUCAACCUUGUGCUUCUUGGUGAACAACAGUAUUCCUUAAAUUCUCAUUGACCUAUUGUUAGGAGUGCAUAUUUUGUCAAGGUACCAAUUGCUGACAAACUUAGAAUAGUAUUAUCAAAGGGGCUUCCUUUGUUCAUUAUAUUAUAUUUGAUGUAUUUAAUGCCAAAUAGUCUUCCCAUACAGAACCCGUGUUUUUGUUCUCAAAGCAAAGAAUAUAGCACUUCAAAAACUGCUACGUGUAUGGCAGUAUGACCUACGUCAUGCAAAAAAUUGUUAUCUGCUCACUGUUGCCUUCAGGAGUUGACAACUGAACUGGGUCAUAAUAAUUUAUUCUAAUAUUUAAGUUAUUGUAGCAGAAACAUUUUACCCACCAUGUAUAAUUUCCUUUUAAAAAAUGUAUUUACAUUUUUCCAUAAAUUAUGUUUAUGUGGCACACUAAGACAGAAACUUCAAAAAGGUAUUUUAUUUUUG